AGUGGUGUUCUGCUCUGCUCCGAGUCAUGAGGAGGCGCUGCUGAGAGCGGACAAAGAUGGCCAACGCCGUGGCUUCCUACGACCAGCUGGCCCACCAGGUGGAGGUGCUCCGGAAGGAGAACUCCCACCUGAGGAGGGAGCUGGAGGACAACUCCAACCACCUGUCCAAACUGGAGACAGAGACGUUCGGCAUGAAGGAGGUGCUGAAGCAGCUCCAGAGCAAACUGGAGCAGGAAGCCGUCACGCUGGCCUCAUCAGGGAGGAGCGACGUCCUGCACCAACUCAAAGAGCUCCACAUGGACCUCACCAACUACUACGAGCUCAAACACCAGCCUCACAACCUGAGGCUUCUGACAGCUGGCCCUGGAGGGGCGGGGCUAACAGGUAUCCCAGGGGCGGGGCCAGCCAUGGGUGGAAGUUUGGAGCACUUGGCUCUGCCUCCAUCCACCUGCUGCUCUGCCUCCUCCUCUGUGGCGGCGAUGAACAGAGCCAGGAGCCCGCUCCGAGCUGCGUCACGUCAGAGCGUAGCGUCCAGCAGAGAGGCCGCCAUCAUGCUGCCGCAUCACUUCCUGGAUGGAGCUCCGCCCAAAACAGCUGUGAUUAGUGGAGCGGAUGGACGACUGAGUGACCAUCACCUGGAGGAGCUGUACAAAGAGAGGAACCUCCUGCUGGGAGAGAUCGACCGCGAGGAGCGGGAACGCUGCUGGUACUUCAGUCAGCUGGAGGCGCUGUCGCAGAAACUGGCCCAGCUGCCGCGCAUCGACAUGUUUUCCCUACAGAUGGAUCUGAUCCGGCAGCAGCUGGAGUUCGAGGUUCAGCAGGUCCGGUCGGUGAUGGAGGAACGCUUCGGCACCAACGAUGAGAUGGUUCACAGGACGCAGAUGCGUGUGGCUCGUCUGGAGCAGCUGGAGAAGGAGCUGCAGGAGGUCCGAGGGAGUCAGGAGAGCCAGCUACAGCUGUCCGGAGCUGAGAGGCCUCCUGCAGGAGAACCGGAGAGCGGCGGCUCGGCGGCUGCAGGAGCGGACGCUGCCGACGGAGGCAGCAAGGUGGAGAUGGUCUUCUGGCUGCUCUCCAUGCUGGCUAACCGAGACAAGGACGAGAUGUCCCGGACUCUGCUGGCCCUGUCCAGCUCCCAGGACAGCUGCAUCGCCAUGAGGAAGUCCGGCUGCGUCCCUUUGCUCGUUCAGAUCCUGCACGAAGCUCCCGGAGGUUCUGGAGAGACGGCGGCAGCAGGCGGCGCCCCGACGAGCUGCAGCCGAGAGACAAAGUCCAGAGCGAGCGCCGCCCUCCACAACAUCAUCUACUCCCAGCAGGACGAAGGCCAGGCCCGCCGGGAGAUGAGGGUCCUGCACAUGCUUGAGCAGAUCCGGACUUACUGUGACAGCGGUUGGGACUGGAUGGAGAGCCACGCUGCGACGCCUUCACCUGGAGGAACCAAAACUACCGAUAUCCCUGAACCUGUGGACCCUCAGAUCUGUCAGGCCACAUGUGCCAUCAUGAAGCUGUCCUUUGAGGAGGAGUACAGACGAGCCAUGAACGAACUAGGUGGUCUGCAGGUGGUGGCAGAUCUGAUCCACCUUGAGCAGGACAUGUACGGUAUGCAGAACGAUCCCAUCAACAUGGCUCUGCGCCGCUACGCAGGCAUGGCUCUGACCAACCUUACCUUCGGAGACGUUGUCAACAAGGCCACCCUGUGCUCAAGGAAGAGCUGCCUGCAGGCUCUGGUGGCCCAGUUGUCCUCUGACAGUGAGGAGCUUCAUCAGGUGGUCUCCAGCAUCCUGAGGAACCUGUCCUGGAGGGCUGACAUCAGUACCAAGAGGGUUCUGAGAGACGUUGGCUGUGUGUCUGCACUGAUGACCUGUGCCCUGCAGGCAACCAAGGAAUCGACUUUGAAAAGUAUUCUGAGCGCUUUGUGGAACCUGUCUGCUCACAACAUUGACAACAAGAUGGCUAUCUGUUCAGUCGAUGGCGCUUUGGGUUUCCUUGUCAGCACCCUGACCUACCGCUGCCAGACUAACUCACUCGCCAUCAUCGAGAGUGGAGGAGGGAUCCUCCGAAAUGUGUCGAGUCUGAUCUCCACACGAGAGGACUACAGGCAAAUCCUCAGAGACCACAACUGCCUUCAGACUCUGCUGCAGCACUUGCGCUCUCACAGUCUGACCAUAGUGAGCAAUGCCUGCGGGACUCUCUGGAACCUUUCUGCCAGAAGUCCAAAAGACCAGGAGCUGCUGUGGGACCUGGGGGCAGUUAGCAUGCUACGCAACCUUAUCCAUUCUAAGCACAAGAUGAUUGCCAUGGGCAGUGCUGCAGCUUUAAGGAACCUCCUAACCAAUCGACCCUUGAAAUACAAAGAUACUGCAGUUGUAUCUCCUGGCUCUUGCUUGCCCUCCCUGUACAUGAGGAAACAGAAGGCUUUAGAGGCAGAGCUAGACGCCAAGCAUCUUGCAGAGACUUUUGAUACCCUUGAGAAACAAAGCCCCAAGCACCUGAUCCUUGGCAAGCCACUCAGGCACAUUGAGAGUUUAGCAAAGGAUUAUGCAUCUGAUUCUGGUUGCUUUGAUGAUGAUGAAGCCCCCAAUAACUCCAGCAGCCUGGACACUGGUAGUUUCUCCAUGUUAUCUAUGUUUCUCACCAACUCUAAUUUUCUGCAAAAUCAACAUCGAAAGAGGGACGGUGAACCUGAGAGAGACACAGAUCCUUCUCAGAUGGUGGAUAAGAAGCAUGCUCCUCCUGAUGAUGUGGUCUCUGCUGCUGCAGAGACACUUGCAAACAAAAUUACCAACACAGUCGCAAAGAUCGACAGGCUGGUGGAUGACAUCACCAUGCACACAUCCUCUGAAGACAGUUUGAGUCUGAGCUCUGAGGACCACCUGGCUGACUGGGCUUAUGGACAAGAUGAACUCAAUGAAGCCCGAGCAAGUUCAUGCUCCCCUUGCCGUUUCUCUGAUACAGGCAGUUUGGCCCACAGAGAACGUCUAAGCCGAGCCCAUGCCCUCUUGCGUCUCAAAAACACCCAUGCCAGUGUAUCAACAGAUAGCCUGAAUAGUGGAAGCACCAGUGAUGGCUACUGUGGCAGCAAAGACCAGAUCCAAACAUCUCCAAAAGCUCUAAUAAUGCAACAACAACGACCAAACCAGCUUGACCUAAAGGUGGCUCAUCAAGAAUAUCUAAAUGUAGGUCCGACUGAUUUGGACAAGUCUAACCAACAGGAAAUUCCAGAGAGAGAUUCUGUGAAUAAUAAAGAUGUGAAAGUUGUGGAGCUCAGUAACACGGACACAGAAAAGAAUCAAGAUCCACCAGUGCAAACACCUGUCAGUGUAUCCACAAAAGUAUCCUCUGAUGUUAGCAUGACAUCAAUUAAACUUUCUCCUACUUACCAACAGGUCCCACUGAUUCAGAGUGUGGCCAAAUUUGGUGUUGCAAAGACAAACAUCAAUGUUCAAGCAGCUCAAGCAAUGAGGAGGCAGGCAUGGGUACCCACUGUGAUGACUGGGGGUAGUAUUACAAAGUUUUCUCCAAUGACUUCCAUCAGAAGUCCAACCAUUGGGACAAUGGAGACAGUCCAGAAAUACUCUGUGGAAAACACUCCAAUCUGCUUCUCUCGCUGUAGUUCACUGUCCUCCCUCUCUUCUGGUGAUGGAGCGCUAGAUGGACAAAGUGACAAUGAGCUUGAGAGUGACUCGUCAUUAGAAAUAAUUGAGGUGGAAGAUGGUGAAGAGGUGAAGAGAGAGGAGGACGAAACCUUAGAGGAUUUGAGUGAUAGCCAACUGUUGAUGACAGACUCAAAAACCUUCCCCAGCAAAGAAAUAAAUCCCAUUGGGAUUCCCUGUGCUGCCAAAAAGGAAAAGGUGUUCCUCAGAGAAGCUUCACCUGCUAUAAUUGAAGACAGAUCCCCAUCCAGUUCCUCAGAGAAUUACAUACAUGAAACUCCUCUAGUACUGAGUCGCUGUAGUUCAGUCAGUUCACUGGGCAGUUUUGAGUCUCCCUCGAUUGCCAGUUCAAUCCAAAGUGAUCCAUGCAGUGAGAUGAUUGAUGGAACAAUAAGCCCCAGUGAUCUUCCAGAUAGUCCAGGACAAACAAUGCCUCCUAGUCGGAGUAAAACGCCAUGCUGUGUUGAGCCAAAUGUACCAGAAACACAAAUCGCAGCAAUAGCAGGCCAGUGGGAAAGCAGUCUGCAGAAGCUGAUGGAGACCGCAGAUCCCAAAGAGAGGUUUAACCUUCCUCCUGAUCUGGACACUAUCUACUUCACAGUUGAAAAACCCAUUGAAAACUUCUCUUGUGCUUCUAGCUUAAGUGCUCUGCCCCUUCAUGAACAUUACAUCCAGAAAGAUGUGGAGUUGAAAUUAACCCCUCUACUCCAGCAAAAUGAUGAGGAUCAACCGUUCCCUAAUGAAGAUGAGCAAGGUUUUGACAACAGGGAGCAUUGCAGCGAGUGUAACUCAGACGAUGACAUUGAGAUUUUAAAGGAAUGCAUCAGCUCAGCAAUGCCUUCAAAGUUUAGAAAAGUAAGACCAACUUUAACUACUACUAUGCCUCCUCAUGUACUUAGUUCCCAAAUCCGAAAACAAAUCCAUCUACCAUUUAACAUGCUUCCAAAUGGUAAAACCCAAAGGAGUCACAAGAGGAGAAAUGUCAACCCACAAAAAGACUUUAAACUUGAUGAUAAUUCCUUUACUGAUUCUACAGAAGGUACACCUGUCAACUUCUCCAGUACAACAUCAUUGAGUGAUGAAACACUUCAGUAUUCGCUGAGAGAAAGGGGGGCUAAAGACUGCAUCGCUAAAGGCCUGAACAAAAAGCAACUGAAAAACAAUGAAGCAAAGAGAAUAGAAGACUUGAGGAUAUUUUCACACUUCCAUAAACCAAAUAGGAUGAACUACCCACCUGAGAUCCAAAUGGGACAAACGACAAAACAUGUGGUUCCCACUCAGAAGGUGCUGAUGCAGAGCAAAGAGGUGGCUGAUAGAGUAGCUAACCUCAAAUAUCGGGAUCAGUCUCCUAAUCAACAAAAGAGGCAACAAGGACAAGCCCCCUGCAGAAAACUUGAACUCCCCAUCAUAAAGCAAAAUACAGAGGGCAACCUGAAUUCUGGAUCACAUAAUGGAAACAAAAUCUAUCGACAAAUGACAAAUUCUUCAGAGGACAGUAACAGCUUUUACGAUGACAGAAGUGAAGGUGUGAACAAACAACCCAGCAGGAAACAGAUUAGGGAAAUAAACAGGAAUACACUGUCUCGAAGCAUGACAAAUAUAGGCCGAAUAGAUAAUUCCCAGGGAAAAACCAGAGGGUUUCAGAGAAUAAAACAAAAUCUGAUCAGGGAUGAAUCCCUGGCAUGUUACUCACUAAGCUCCUCUCUGAGUUCACUCAGUGAUGCUGAAUUUGAGGACCAUAAAUCAAAAGUCCAGCAAAUAUGGUAUAAGAACAGACACAAUAAAACAAUGAAUAUGGCACAACAAGCAAAGGCUGUGACCAUACACUUCCAAUAUGACGAACAAAGCUCACCAAGCUCUGUCAGCAUGGACUCAGAGGACGACCUCCUUCAAAAAUGCAUAACAUCUGCUAUGCCCAAACAGAGGCGAAAAAUUGCUUCCAGAAAAAAGAAGGCAGAACAUACUCAGAAGCAAAAAGUCUGUGAUGGAUGGGACUUGUAUGAAGAAAUGGACAGUGAUGAUAUGGGAUGGGAUAAAGAUUCUGACCUCAACAGUGUUGAAUGGAGAGCCAUACAGGAAGGUGCUAACUGUGUUGUCACUGGGCUGCAAGCAUCAAAAUCUCAAGAGCCAUCCUCUGAAGAGACCGAGUCGGUCCUGUCAUUCAUGUCAACAUCCAGCUUUACACCAAAAGAAAGGAAGUUUGCUAAAGAUAAAAAAGCAAAUAAGCCUCUAGACUUUGAGAAACGCAAGCCAGUUCCAAACUUACCAGUAGUGUUUAGAGGUAGAACAGUGAUCUACACACCAAAAAAAGAGGAGGCUCCAUCACAACGACCCCCUCCUAGAAAAGUGCCUACCAAGACAGAUGCUCCUAAGAACCCAAACCUUGCUCAGCACAGAUCAAAGAGCCUUCACAGACUAGGCCACCCCCAGGACACAGAAAUAUCUCUUCCAAAAAGGAGUUCUACUCCACCUCCAAGGAUACCAAAAAGUUCGUCCUCUGGGUCGUCUCAAAGUUCUACACCAUCCAAGCAACCACAAAAGAAAACACCAUCCCCAACUCAGACAAACAAACCGAUCCAGAAAAAGACCUCCACAUCCAGUAGUAGUAGUUCCCCAGCUACUAGUCCACCUGAAAGAAGAGGACGCUCUCCUGUUGUCAAUCAAAACGAGAAAUCUCCGCCACCUAAAACUCAGAAGUCACCUGUCCGGAUUCCUUUUAUGCAGAGUUCACUCAGGCAAUCCAGACCUUUGUCUCCAUUGGUAACUAACCAAACAUGCAAUAGACAAAGUAAUCAGAUAAAUGGAAGAAGGGCCUCUCCAGCUAACCGGUGUGACCUGGUCAGGAUGACCUCUGUCCAUUCGAGCAGUAGUGAGUCUGAUCGGAAUGGAUUUUUGAGACAGUUGACAUUUAUUAAAGAAUCAAAGACAGUUCGAGGACGUGAUGGCUCUCUUAACAAUACUCCAGGAUCACAAAAUGGAUCCCCUCACAGGGCAAUUCCUGGUGCCUCAGCUGUCUUCCUUUGCUCAUCCCGCUGUCAGGAGCUCAAGGCUGCAGUGCAAGCCCCAAGGAGGCUGCAAGUAAAAGAGUCUGGACGAGCACAGCAAGCUUCGAGGCCAAACUCUGGACCUCAAAAGCAGACUACAACUCUGUCAAGAACAACAUCCAGCGAAAGAGAUGUUUUUGCAAGACGACAGGCCAGAAGAACUAGCUCUGAAAGUCCCUGCAGGGUGGCCCAACAUAACGGGUCAAGCAGAAUCUCUGGAGUCAAACAACAACAGGACAAAGACACAAUUAAACGCCAUGCCUCGUCACCAAGCAUAAAUAUACUGAGUCGGGUGACCAGCCGUUCUUCAGUGCGCUCAUCAUCAUCUGAUUCAAGUGGAAGAGCUAAAAGUGAGGAUGACACAAAGAAGAAAGGGCAGAGGUCUUCUUCAAAACUUAAAGAUGGAGCUACUUGGAGGAGGAUCAGGGAUGAAGACGUACCCCAGAUAUUGAAGAGCACUCUGCCUGCCAAUGCGUUACCACUGGUGCCUUCUCCUGAUGGAGAAAAGCCGAAGCUACCAGAUCUUCCUAAAAAACUACCAACAAUUCUCCUUGCAUCACGCAAGACAAGUGAUGCAACAGUCCAGACAGAAGAUUUGCCCAAUAACAAGACUAACUCAAGCACCUCUCCGCCAGCUGAAACAGCUGCAGUGAUCUCCGAGGAAGCAGCAAGGUUGGCACUUCUGAGAAAGUUUAGUGCCACUUCUGGGAGUAACCCCCAGGAUCCAGAGUCGGAUGGCUCACUGAGGAGCCACAGCACAGGUAUGUCAGACAGCCACAAUGGUGGAGUUGUCACCUUCCGCCAAGGUUCCCUGAGCAAAGCUGCCCGAGUCACUCCAUUUAAUUACACCCCCAGCCCGAUGGCAAACUGCCUGCAAGGUGCGCAGAGCCAAGCAACAACAAAUGACAAGUUUGGGGGGAAAUGUGAGUUGUAAGGAAUUGUUUGGACUUUUAGUCCACAUGAUAGACUUCAAAGUAAAACACAGCACUAAAACGAGUGUGCUGGUCCUUUACCUCGGGUAUGGACUCUUUAUCCUAACCCAUUCAAGAUUUCUUCUCUGAGCAAUUGAUCAGAGCUUCCAUCUACCAUUCAUACCAAGUUGGAUGCACUGACACAGAUCUGACUAGAAUGGACGACUGAUAACUUUUGCGAGAAAAAAAUCGAACCUGAAAAAAUGCAUCUUUUUUAUACUUUUUUGUAUUCGUAGAGCAGUUAUUGAUGGUAGAAAUGUAGUGAAACCAUGAAGCAAAAGACAGUGAACUUAAUUUUAGCACAUGCAGUGAAUCAGCAUCAGUUUGUUGGACACAAAUCAAUAGAACAAUGUUAUGCAAGCUUCUGGGUAACAACUCAGCUGAACUUCUAUCUCUGAAGGUCCAAACUGUGGUGGACUAGAAUCAAACCUCAAGAAAGACUCAACUUCAGUGACUUGUGAUGUAUUUUUUUGUGUACUACACGUCAGAGCUUUUACCCUUGCCUCACUACUCAACGACUAGAACGCUCCAAGCUCCGUAGGUUUGGUGAACCAACAUGUGAUAAGACAUUUCUUCAAAUUAAUAUAAUCUCUUGCCAGUAUUACACUCAGUUUUGUUAUGGUUACUGUCUUUUAUGCAUACUCGAAGUAUA